AUGUCUAACACAAGUUAUAGUAGUUCUGGUAAUAUUUCCGACGCAGUUAAAAGAGAAUUUGAAAGUAAAGCAAAAGCCAUUAUUGAGAAGAGAGUUAAGCAACUCAAUUUAUUGCUCUGUAAAUACUCAUGCUUUCCAAACCUUAAAAGUCAAUUUAUGUACUUAAAAGAACAAUUGGUCAAUGCUUCUCAUUACAAAGAAUGUAUGUCAGAAGAAGAAAUGGAAAAAACUCUUCAGAUGCUCCAUAGAGUUGUAACAAAUAUGUCUACAAAAGAAGUAGAAAAAGGUUAUACAAAGCAUGAAGGAAUUAGAUAUGAGUUAAAACAAUUUGACCGGGAGCCUAUUCGUUCAUUUGGGAGAAUUAAAAAGAUUACUGCUAAAGAAUUAAAUUCAAGAAAUACAAAAUAA